CAUAGGGAGUGUCUUCGUAAACACAUAGAUAAUGCCGACACUGUAUGUGUUUGUAACGACAGUUAUUGUGAUGAUAUACCGGCAAUAGUCAGACCAAAUGCAGGCUAUGCUUCAGUUUACGAGAGCAACAAAUUGGGCGAUCGUUUCGCAGAAAAAUCGCUAAAAUUUAAUCCAUUUUAUGGAUAUAAAAAUUAUGAAAAGUCUUUAAAAAACGAGUUAACCAUAACUAUAGAUGAAAACAAUAAAUAUCAAAAAAUCAUUGGUUUUGGCGGUGCCUUUACUGACAGCACGGGGUCUAUGUUGAGUUCAGUAGAUCCGACUCUAUCCAGAGCUAUCAUCGAGAGUUACUACGGAAGUAAUGGUAUUGAAUAUACAUUUGGAAGGAUACCUAUUGGUGGGACUGACUAUUCUCUUAGACCAUACACUUUGGAUGACGUCUAUAAUGAUAAACAAUUGAAACACUUUUCUUUACAAAAAGAGGACUUUGAGUGGAAAAUACCUUAUGUAAAAUUGGCACAAAAGGUCAGUCCUCAUAACAUCAAAUUAUUUGCCAGUAAUUGGUGUCCACCCGUUUGGAUGAAGAAAACAGAAGAAUUUAUAUCAUUUACUGAACUUAAAGGUGAUGUCAGUGGAGAGUAUUUUCAAAUUUUGGCCGAUUAUCACAUCAAAUUUUUAAAUGCUUACAAAGAAAAUGGUAUAGAAUUUUGGGGAUUGACCUCUCAGAAUGAACCGGUAGAAGACCAUGAGCUCAAUAAUCUUAAGUUUACACCAAAUACGUUAAGAGAUUAUAUCAAAAACAAUUUGGGCCCAACACUGGCCAGAGCUGGAUAUGACAAAAACAAAUUAAAACUAUUAAUAUUAGACGACAACACACCCUUUCUCAUCAAUUGGAUUGAUAUCAUCUUAAAUGAUACAAAUGCGGCACAAUAUGUCUCAGGUAUUGCCAAUCAUUGGUAUUACAAUGAAAAAUAUGGGGCACAGUAUGUGGGAGGAGUUUUGCAAUACCUACACGAAAAGUAUGAAAAUUAUUUCUAUAUGAACACUGAGGCAUGUUUUUUGGAGGGAGCCGGCAAUGGCAACUGGACUUAUGCGGAACGGUAUGCAUUUGAUAUCAUUAACCAAUUAAAUAAUUGGGCCGUAGGUUGGGUUGAAUGGAAUAUGGUUUUGGAUCUAAAUGGCGGACCAUUUUGGUUUGAACGGUCAGGUUGUGGAGGAUUGGUAUAUGUGGAUAGUGUUGCUGGAGAAGCAUAUAAACAGCCAUCAUUUUAUGCACUUGGUCAUUUUAGCAAGUUCAUUUUACCAGAUUCUGUACGGGUUGAACAUCAAAUGGAUACCUGUGUCGACAACAUAUAUGUAGUAACCGCUAAACGACACGACGGAGCUGUCGUAGUGGUUGUUCUCAAUAGAGGUGAUACUGAAAUCACUUUAAAUAUAAAGCAAAGAAAACAGUGGUUAACCAACAAAAUAGCGGCUCAUUCUAUACAAUCAUAUAUUUGGUGGCUCUGA